UCCAUGUGAUUUUCAUCGUCCAUUAGCAGUUUUGUGCUUUUCCAUGUGGCUUUCCCCAUUUUUGAAUGUUAUUAAGCUUUCUCAUGUAAUUUUCAGCAUUUUUAUCAGUUUAUUUCAUCAUUGGGUGUGUUUGAACAUUUCCAUGUGAUUUUCACAUUUAUUAGUAUUUUCAUUUAUGUUUUUCCAUUUUCAAAAUGAUUGAGCAUUUUCAUGUUUUUUUUCUGUUAUGGUUAGUUAAUCAAUAUGUCGUACGGAGAAGUUGCUUGCACCUACGCUGCCUUGAUCCUCCAUGAUGAGGACAUUCCAAUCACCGCUGAGAAAAUUUCAACUUUAGUCAAAGCAGCUAAUGUGACAGUGGAGCCAUACUGGCCUCUAUUGUUUGCUAAGCUUGCUGAGAAGAAAAACCUUGGUGAUCUCAUCAUGAAUGUCGGUGCUGGUGGUGGUGGUGGUGCAGUCGCUGUUGCUGCCCCCACUGGUGGUGCUGGUGGUGGUGCCGCAGCUGCUGCCCCUGCUGCUGAGGAAAAGAAGGAAGAGCCCAAGGAAGAAAGUGAUGACGAUAUGGGAUUCAGUCUGUUUGAUUAGGAGCUACUCCCAGUACGAUUUUUGGUUCUUUUUUAAAAGUUUGAUUAGACUUGGUUAUAGCACCCUUGUUAAGGAGAUUUUUGAUCUGCUUGUCACUGUUGAAUGUAACCUUGACAUAAUUAUGGUUUAUGAACAUCAGUUAUGUUACUU